AUGGAAGUGAUCAAGUUCAACACAUAUGUAGCAAAGUAUGAAAGAAUGGCUGAACUACAAGCCUUUGAUAAGACGAAAGCCGGUGUUAAGGGACUAGUCGAUGCAGGUAUAAUCAAAGUACCAAGAAUGUUUGUACAACCAUUAAAGGUUGAAGAUUCGAGAAGUCACAACAACAACAAGUUCAUCAAGUUUCCAAUAAUUGAUCUUGAUGGCAUCAUGGAAGAUCCGAUCAAACGAAAGAACAUAGUCCAAGAAGUUGGCCAUGCAUCCGAGAGUUGGGGUUUCUUUCAAGUGAUCAAUCAUGGGAUUCCUAGUCAUGUUAUGGAUGCAAUGAAAGACGGUGUUACCAGGUUCUUUGAGCAAGAUACUGAGGUGAAGAGGCAGUGGUAUACGCGAGACUUGACAAAAGAGUUCACAUUUAACAGCAAUUUUGAUCUGUUUAGAGCACCAGUAACCAACUGGAGGGACACUUUUCGUGCCACUAUAGCUCCUAUACCUCCAAAGCCCGAACAACUUCCUUCUGUCUGCAGGGAUAUUCUCCUUGAGUACACGAACCAAGUGAUGACAUUAGGUGACACUCUAUUUGAACUAGUGUCCGAGGCUAUUGGCCUAGAACCAAAUCACCUCAAGGAUAUGGGUUGUGCAGAGGGGCUUCUUGCUAUAGGCCAAUAUUAUCCAGCAUGUCCACAACCUGAACUUACUCUAGGCACCAGUAAGCAUGCUGACAACGACUUCCUCACCGUGCUUCUCCAAGACAACAUAGGCGGUCUCCAAGUCCUACAUCAGAACCAUUGGGUAGAUGUUCCCCCUACUCCCGGAGCACUCGUGGUCAAUAUAGGAGAUCUUCUACAGCAUAUAACGAAUGACAAGUUCAAAAGCGUUGAUCAUAGAGUACUGGCAAAUAAAGUUGGUCCAAGAAUAUCGUUGGCAUGCUUCUUCAUGACGAAUUGUGUGACAACACAUAGGCUGUAUGGACCUAUAAAGGAGCUGAUAUCAGAACAGAAUCCUCCAAAGUACAGGGAAACGACGAUUAAGGAGUUCACAACUUAUUUCAAUAACAAAGGGCUGGAUGGCACUUCCACUCUGUUGCAUUUUAGACUUUAGACUAAAUUGUUCAGCAAUUAUCAUCGCGAAUGUAACAGGUAAUGUAUGUGUUGGAAUAGUUGUGGAAAUGAGUGAUAUGGUAUCAAAUAAGGUUGUUUGUACAACUAUUUAUGUCAAAUUAUGUAUGUUCAUUAUGUACCCAUCAA